AUGCUCAGCGCCACGUUCCCGUCCUACUACUCUUCGGGAGACGGCGUCCACGGGGCCUUCACCCCGCCACGACGCACCGCUUCGCCUAGGGGGUUGCCGAGUCUAGAGCCACUGGAACUGACGGGGUACCGGAGCGAUACGGCGGCGCAGGAGAGGUUGUUGUCCAAGAGCAUUGCCGAGGAGAUACGGACGUUCUUGCCGGAACGGCUGAAGAUUGGGGAUGAGUGGCGGUUGGUUUACAGUCUGUAUCAGAAUGGGAGUAGUUUGAAGACGUUGUAUGAUCUUUGUGACGAGUACCGGGGAAGGAGGGUGGGGUUCGUGCUUGUGGUAAGGGAUGGGAAGCAGGGGACCUUUGGCGCCUACCUAACCGAAGCCCCCCACCCAGCAUCCUCCUACUUCGGCACCGGCGAGUGUUUCCUCUGGCGCGCCUCCACCCGCGUCCCCUUACCUCCCCCUCCGUCAGCCGACUUAGACGACCUGGACAACUUCACCCGUAGUACGACAAUAGCCUCGCCGACAACGGAUUCCUUCCCAGCAGCCGCCCAAAACCACUCCAUCCGGUUCCAGAACUUUGCCUACACGGGUGCAAACGACUACUGCAUAUUCUGCGAAACCAAGUUCCUGAGCGUGGGCGGUGGUAGCGGCACGUCGCGGUUUGGACUUUGGCUUGAUGAUAGUUUCAGCCGCGGACAUAGCGGGGAGUGCGAUACGUUUGGGAACCAGCCUCUAAGUGAUGAGGGGGAGAAGUUUGAUGUGUUGGGGGUGGAAUUGUGGGUUAUUGGAGCGGGUUGA